AGCUGUUAAUUUUUUUGGGUGGCCCCAGCUGUAAGUGCGCUAAGUGUGUCAUUUACCGGCACUGCAUUGCGAAUUCUGACGAAAUUGUUGUUAUUAUAAGCAAUACUAAGUUAAAAACAGAAACUUACGAAAUAUAUUAUACACAACGUUGCCUACAUACUGCUCAAAAUGGUGGUCAGGCCCUACGUUGAGGAGCUGAAGUAUUUGGAGAAGAUCAAUGAUAACUGCUGGCGUAUCAAGAAGGGCUUCCAGCCCAAUAUGAAUGUGGACGGUGUCUUCUACGUGAACAGCCGCCUGGAGCGGCUCAUGCUGGAGGAGCUAAAGAACUCUUGCCGUCCAGGUGCCGUUGGUGGUUUUCUACCUGGCGUGAAGCAGAUUGCAAAUGUGGCCGCAUUGCCAGGCAUCGUCGGCCGCUCAAUCGGAUUACCGGACAUACAUUCCGGCUAUGGCUUUGCCAUCGGCAACAUGGCAGCAUUUGACAUGGAUGAUCCGUUGUCAGUGGUCAGCCCUGGAGGCGUAGGGUUCGACAUUAAUUGCGGUGUGCGUUUACUACGCACCAAUUUGUUUGAAAAGGAUGUGCAGCCAUUGAAGGAGCAGUUGGCACAAUCGCUUUUCGAUCAUAUACCAGUGGGUGUAGGAUCUAAAGGUAUUAUACCAAUGAAUGCACGCGACUUGGAGGAAGCCCUUGAAAUGGGCAUGGAUUGGUCAUUGCGCGAGGGCUACGUCUGGGCUGAGGACAAAGAGCAUUGCGAGGAGUAUGGUCGAAUGCUGAACGCCGAUCCGGCCAAGGUGAGCAUGCGUGCCAAGAAGCGUGGCCUACCUCAGCUGGGCACAUUGGGCGCCGGCAAUCACUACGCCGAAAUUCAAGUGGUGGACGAGAUCUACGACAAGUGGAGCGCCUCGAAAAUGGGCAUUGAGGAGAAGGGUCAGGUGGUUGUCAUGAUACACUCGGGCAGUCGCGGCUUCGGUCAUCAAGUGGCCACAGAUGCACUCGUCGAAAUGGAAAAGGCCAUGAAGCGCGACAAGAUUGAAACGAAUGAUCGCCAAUUGGCGUGUGCGCGCAUCAACUCUACAGAAGGCCAGGAUUACUUAAAGGCUAUGGCUGCUGCCGCCAAUUUUGCAUGGGUGAAUCGCAGCUCGAUGACCUUCCUCACGCGUCAGGCCUUUGCCAAGAUGUUUAACACCACGCCCGAUGAUCUGGAUAUGCACGUCAUCUACGAUGUCUCGCACAAUAUCGCCAAGGUGGAGAACCAUAUUGUGGACGGCAAGGAGCGGAAGCUACUAGUGCAUCGCAAGGGCUCUACGCGCGCUUUCCCGCCACAUCAUCCACUGAUCCCUGUUGACUACCAGUUAACUGGACAACCUGUGCUCGUUGGCGGCACAAUGGGCACCUGUAGCUACGUCUUGACCGGCACCGAGCGCGGCAUGCAGGAAACAUUUGGCAGCACCUGCCACGGCGCGGGUCGCGCUUUGUCACGCGCUAAGUCGCGUCGUAAUCUGGACUACAAAGAAGUGCUGGAGAAACUGGAUCAAAUGGGCAUUGCCAUACGCGUUGCUAGUCCAAAACUAGUCAUGGAAGAGGCACCAGAAGCAUACAAAGAUGUCACUGACGUCGUGGACACCUGCCAUGCCGCUGGCAUUAGCAAGAAGUGUAUUAAAAUGCGACCCAUUGCAGUUAUCAAGGGCUGAAUACCCUAAUUACAUAGUGUAUUAUAUAGGAGAAGACAGAAGCCGAUGUGAAACAUUUUGCCGAUUAUUUAUUUCUAUACUUUUCAUUCUUAUUGAGGAUGGGAUGAGGAUAAUAAAGCUGUGCAAAAAUUAUCCUAGCAUAAUUGUAUAUAAAUUAAGUAUAUGUUUCUUGAUCAGCCAAGUGUAUUUAAACGUUGUU